CUCCCCCGCAGCUGGGGCCAGCGGUGCCUAGCACAGCUGGACCAGCGGCAGCAGCUGGGCGAGUGACAGCCCAGCUACGCGCGCGCGGCCGCCGCCAGAGCCGGCGUGAAGGGGCAGCGCGGCCCUGCGGUCCCCGGGCGGCAGCAGCGGCUGCCUAGUCCCGCGCCUCUCCGGGCUUGCAGCCCCGCGGUCCCGCCGCCCCGGGGCCGCCACCUCUCGGGGCUCCCCCCAGUCCCCGCGCGCGCAAGAUGGCUGACCCGGCUGCGGGGCCGCCGCCGAGCGAGGGCGAGGAGAGCACCGUGCGCUUCGCCCGCAAAGGCGCCCUCCGGCAGAAGAACGUGCACGAGGUGAAGAACCACAAAUUCACCGCCCGCUUCUUCAAGCAGCCCACCUUCUGCAGCCACUGCACCGACUUCAUCUGGGGCUUCGGGAAGCAGGGAUUCCAGUGUCAAGUCUGCUGCUUUGUUGUACACAAGCGCUGCCAUGAGUUUGUCACGUUCUCCUGCCCCGGUGCGGACAAGGGCCCAGCCUCUGAUGACCCCCGGAGCAAACAUAAGUUUAAGAUCCACACCUACUCCAGCCCUACCUUCUGUGACCACUGCGGAUCACUGCUGUAUGGACUCAUCCACCAGGGGAUGAAAUGCGACACCUGUAUGAUGAACGUCCACAAGCGCUGCGUGAUGAAUGUCCCCAGCCUCUGCGGCACUGACCACACGGAACGCCGUGGCCGCAUCUAUAUCCAGGCCCACAUCGACAGGGAGGUUCUCAUCGUUGUUGUAAGAGAUGCUAAAAAUCUGGUACCUAUGGACCCCAAUGGCUUGUCAGAUCCCUAUGUAAAACUGAAACUGAUCCCUGAUCCCAAAAGUGAGAGCAAGCAGAAGACCAAGACCAUCAAGUGUUCCCUCAACCCGGAGUGGAAUGAAACCUUCAGAUUUCAGCUGAAGGAAUCAGAUAAAGACAGAAGACUGUCUGUAGAAAUCUGGGAUUGGGACCUGACCAGCAGGAAUGACUUCAUGGGAUCUCUGUCGUUUGGGAUUUCAGAACUACAGAAAGCCGGUGUGGAUGGCUGGUUCAAGUUACUAAGCCAGGAAGAAGGCGAGUACUUCAAUGUGCCCGUGCCGCCGGAAGGAAGCGAGGGCAAUGAAGAACUGCGGCAGAAGUUUGAGAGAGCCAAGAUUGGCCAAGGUACCAAGGCUCCAGAAGAAAAGACAGCUAACACUAUCUCCAAAUUUGACAACAAUGGCAACAGGGACCGGAUGAAACUGACCGAUUUUAACUUCCUGAUGGUGCUGGGGAAAGGCAGCUUUGGCAAGGUCAUGCUCUCAGAGCGGAAGGGUACAGAUGAACUCUAUGCCGUGAAGAUCCUGAAGAAAGAUGUGGUGAUCCAAGAUGACGAUGUGGAGUGCACAAUGGUGGAGAAGCGAGUGCUGGCCCUGCCUGGGAAGCCCCCGUUCCUGACUCAGCUCCAUUCCUGCUUCCAGACCAUGGACCGCCUGUACUUUGUGAUGGAGUAUGUGAACGGGGGUGACCUCAUGUACCACAUCCAACAAGUUGGCCGUUUCAAGGAGCCCCAUGCUGUAUUUUACGCUGCAGAGAUUGCCAUCGGUCUGUUCUUCUUGCAGAGCAAGGGCAUCAUUUACCGUGACCUGAAACUUGACAACGUGAUGCUGGAUUCUGAGGGGCACAUCAAAAUCGCUGACUUUGGCAUGUGUAAGGAGAACAUCUGGGACGGGGUGACAACCAAGACAUUCUGUGGCACUCCAGACUACAUUGCCCCAGAGAUCAUUGCUUAUCAGCCCUACGGGAAGUCUGUGGACUGGUGGGCAUUUGGAGUCCUGCUGUAUGAAAUGUUGGCUGGCCAGGCACCCUUUGAAGGGGAGGAUGAGGAUGAGCUCUUCCAGUCAAUCAUGGAGCACAAUGUGGCGUAUCCCAAGUCCAUGUCCAAGGAAGCUGUGGCAAUCUGCAAAGGGCUAAUGACCAAACACCCAGGCAAGCGCCUGGGCUGUGGGCCUGAAGGGGAACGAGACAUUAAGGAGCAUGCAUUUUUUCGGUAUAUCGACUGGGAGAAACUCGAACGCAAGGAGAUUCAGCCACCUUAUAAACCAAAAGCUUGUGGGCGAAACGCUGAAAACUUCGACCGGUUUUUCACCCGCCAUCCACCAGUCCUAACACCUCCUGACCAGGAAGUCAUCAGGAAUAUUGACCAAUCAGAAUUCGAAGGAUUUUCCUUUGUUAACUCUGAAUUUUUAAAACCUGAAGUCAAGAGCUAAGUAGAUCCGUAGACCUCCGUCCUUCAUUUCUGUCAUUCAAGCGCAACAGCUAUCAUGGUGACAUUUUUUCUUUUUCAUUGCCGAGUUACAUCCGUGUUUUCUUUUCUGAUGAGGCUAGAGUGGCCAUGUUUCAGAACCCAAAUGUCCUCAAGUAGUUUGGAGCAUCUCGAGGACAUGGAAUUAUGCAGGUGGCAUGUAGAAAGUGCUGCAUAAUCGAGACACGCUCAGAGUCCUACUAUGUGUGUUCCUAGCAUGUCAGCUCACAGGCUCCCAUGGGAGAGAAAAUGCUUGCUUUUCUCCCUGGUCCUCUGCACUGCCAUCUUUACCCCGAUCCUCCAGUCUACGUCCUCCCUACAAAAUGGAUAGAUAUACCAAAUGCUAGCAGUAUCCUUCCACUUUCCAGGCUGGGAGCUUGGCUUGAAUCCAAGUAUAUGGCUGCUUUGCCCUAGAGGGAAUCCCUCCACGCUGCCUGUUCUGGAGGCAGUCGAGCUUUGAAAAGAACAUGCUAAAAAUAAAAUUUUAUUUUUAUUUUUUUAACUCAGUGUUAAGAAGAUUAUCUAAGUCCAGAAAAAAAAAAAAAAAAAAAAGGAAUGCGCUUUUAGACAAGUUUCCAUCUAAAAGCACUUCCAGGGUCAAAAGGCAACCAGCUUGGGUGCUGUCACCUUGCCGUAUUUUCUAAUACUGUAUGUCUGAUAGCGGUACCCUCAUCCUCCAAACUACUCAAGAAGGACAUUUGGCACUGUUCCUGGAACCACAUGGUCACUCUAGCCAGGUCCCAAAGGACCCUGAUUCUACAUUACAUUUCAAAUGUUACUUGCCUUUUUAUUUCUGUCAUCAUUGAAAUGCAAAAAAAGAAAAAAGAAAAAAAAAGAAAAAAGAAAAAAAAAGAAAAAAGAAAAAGAAAAAAAUACUCACUUUGUUACACAUGCUUUAAAAUCUGUGUCCAGAUGUUAUUAACCGUAAUGGCCUGCUUUGUUCAACCAAGAAGAUGGCUAUGGAACCCAGCAGACUUGUGCCCAUGGGGAGGGGAUUUGUCUAGAUGUCCCACUGGUAUUGGAGAAGUAAUUGUGUGCUUUGAGAAAGACACCAUCUCUCCAAACCAUGAUGGGUGCAUUCUUCAGUAUGAUGUCAUUUUGCAAGAUGUUUGUGGGAAUGUUUAUUUGCUCUUCAGUAUAUGUUCUGAUAUUUUUCUCCUAGCAUCAAGAUACAAUGAGAGAGAGAGAGAGAGAGAGAGAGAGAGAGAGAGAGAGAGAGAGAGAGAGAGAGAGAAAAGAAAUCCUAUUUCAAAGAAAACUGUCCUUUUUGAACAAUGAGGACCCAGACUACAGAGUAGGGUCUAAGAAGGAACUCCAGAGAAAGGGGCUAAAGCUGGAUCUUUAAUAGCCUCAGCAUUAAACAGCCAGAGAGUAGGGGCUAGAGACUAUUCAGGGAUACCUGAUGUUCUGAAAUGGGGUGGGAUAAACAGGAUGGAGCCUCCCACACCAUCAGACUUCAGAGACCACAUUCCCAUCAGAAUCAAGGUAGGAACAUUCCCAAGGCUCUUAAGCUUCUCAUCAGAAUCACCACUCUUACAAAUCUUGAGCAAGCACCUCACUGAGCUCCCAGAAGUCCAAGGGAGCCCUUGGAGCAGGAGAGACUUCAUUUCUCCCUGAACAGAUGGGCACAGCAGGUGGCCCCUUACCCUUGCCUACAUCUUAGCACCCUGCUCCUUGCAUGCAGUCUUGAGGAGAAUUCUUAUCACAGGCCAAAAGAUGUCUGGGUCCUCCAGUGCUUCUGAGAGAUCACACAGAGACUUCCAAAGGGACAGUGUCCUUGAAGUAUACCUCCUCAUCCUUUAGAAGACUAUGCCUUCGGGUUCUUCUGAGGCAAAGACCCUUAUAGUUCAUUUUUUCCUGGCUUCUUAGCAACUCAGCUUUAAGCUUAGGUCAUGCCCUGCUAGAUCAUGUGAAGCAAGCUUGUUGUCCUAACUGACAAUCUUACAAUGUUAGCUACUGAAAGAGACCAGGGUAAUCUCGCUCCUCACUCUGUUAUUUGGGGCAACUGGUAUCUGAAGAGUAGAAGUUAUUUUCUGCUUGGUUGGUCAGUGGUGAUACAAGCACAAGUAUCCUGACCAAUGACACAGGACUCUGUUCUGUAACAAAACAAAUGUCUCUGAGCCACGUGUCCACUGCCAGGCAAAUUAUGUAGGGUCUUUUAUCUGGUCAGUGGGUCACCAGGCCUUGGACAUAUGCUCAGAAUAAAAACCAUAGAGAAAUCUUGGGCCAUUGGCAAGUGACCGGAGAUAGCCUUAGAAAACAAUGUAAGAAGGAAGGAUGGGUAGAUAGAUGGAUGGAUGAAUAGAUAGAUAGAUAGAUAGAUAGAUAGAUAGAUAGAUAGAUAGAUAGAUAGAUAAUAGUAUAUAUAUAUAUGUCUGUGUGUGUGUGUAAAUAUAUACACUACACUCUACAUUUUCAGAUUCUUACCAUUAUGUUUUAAGGUCCUUAGUUGUCAGAAAUAGAUACUCAAGCCUAAGUGUCUGUUCCCUUAGCAUAGCUUGAUGAGGGUGGGUCAAAGCUUCUGUGGAAGUAAUGGAUCAUGAAUCAGACAGACCUCCCACUGCUUCCUCUCCCACCAGCGUUCUAGAUCAGAGGAAGCCAAGAAACAGUUUCAAUCAUAUAUAAGAUCUCUAUGAAAUAUUUUGAAAUUUUAUCCAAAAAAGAAGUAAUUUGUUUUUGCAUCCAUCCAUUUAUGCAUCCUCCAUCCAUUCAAGUAGCAUUUAUUGAGUACCAACAGUGUGCCAGGCUGGGUGUCAGGAUCCUGGUAAGAAAUAAUAAAGAUGCAGUCCGUCCUCUUUCCCCAGCAUACCAUCUGUGGAAAGAUGGCCAUAAAACAAGUAAUUGAAAGUGUGCUGUUGUCUAGAUCUCUGAGCUUAUUAAGAAAAUCCUCUUCUGGAGGUCUUCGCAGCUUCUUAGUCCCUCUAUAGACCAUAUUUUGAAGCUGAAGGCAUCCUCUCCACCAAGAUUUCUACAGCAAUCCCAUACUACAGUGCGCAGGGAAAGAGAGAGGUGGGGUGAACUCUUCUGGAAGCCAAUGGCACAAGCUCCAUACUUGAUCGGACCACAGAAGCUCCCACAACAUGAAUAGAUGUGUGUGUCCUACAGAGGAAGGGAAAUAACUGGCUUUAUGACUUAUCACUUACUCUUCAGUGUCAGCUCUCAUUGUCCAUCCAGUAUUCAGCUAUCUGCAGGCCCUUGGGGAAUAUCAUUCCUGUUUAGAGCACUGCUGAUCAAAUCAUGUGACCCUUGCUGGUCACAUCCUGAUCCCUCUAGCCCAUCUGAAACAGGAUGAAAAUUUUCACACACACACACACACACACACACACACACACACACACACACACACCAUAUUUAACUUCUGGGAGAACUGAAGGGAAAAAAAACUAAGAGAAAUCUAAUCAAAGCUGCUGUGAACUGUGACCAAUCACAUGUCUGGAUCCAAGAAUCCUCUUUUAAAUUUCGUAAUUUCUGGCUGAUCUCCUCCUUUAAGAAAGGAAAAGACCAUGAUAGGCCCAAGGCAGGCCAGUGGAAUUAACAGUGGGUGUUUUUGGUCUCAUGUGGCUUCAGAUGCAAUUCCCAAAAGAAUUGUCACAACAAAGGAGCCCAUUUCCCUCCCAACAUUGUAUGGUAAAAUCCUGGAGAAUUUUCCUGGGAAGGUCCACUCAUGAGAUGGAACCUAUUAAAAGGAAAUCUUAUUUGGAACACGUGGCUGACUAAAGCACAGCAAAUAUUUAUAUAUAUGUAAAGGCUUCCAAAAUUGGAGCUGGUAGGAGGGGAAGUUCUUCCACAUGCUCCCAGGUAAGGAUGGCUGGGUAAAAAGAGACCCCAGAAGAGGAGCUGCCUAUCUUCUGCCCUCAGGUCUGCCCUUCUCCUGUCCACACAGAGCCUUGUAGCUUCCAGACCUUGCUCAUACACAGUUCACUCCAUACUGGCUCCAUUUACAUAAGCCUUAGGAGCUGUGAAGAUAACUGUUAUCAUUUUGCUUCAGUGUGAAGAGGAAUCUGCCUCAGGAGUUAGGAAAAGCAAGGAAGCAGCCCGUUAAGGAAGUCUUCUUUAUUGAUUUGAUGAGUACUUAUGAACAGCCUAUUGUGUGCUCAGUAGCAUUGGAAACACAAUAGCACAGGAACAGACAAGGACCUUGCCCUAAAGGAGAAAAACGAUGCAAAUUCCCCAAAGCAGAAAAUGCACAGGUGCUGAAGAGGGUGCAAACAUGUGACUUAUAGGAUCAGGAAAGAGAAAACAGUAUUAAAGAGACAGAAGGCACGGAGCUUCCCUCUGGAUGCAGAAAGUAACACCAUGGAGUGCCCAAGCCUAGAGUCCUCCACAGAAACUCAGUAUGGACAAGGAUACCACAAGAAAUGAGCCACCAUGUAGGAAACAGCUUCAUGAGUAGCCUUAGCCUUGUCUUCUAUAACUACCCUCUUCCAGAUGACCCCCUGAUGCCAAUUUGUCUCCCUCAGUCCCAUAAACCUAUUCGAACACUCCAGUAGAAAGUACCUGUCUCAGGGGAGCAUCCAGAAAGAAGUAGGCUAGAGCCUAGCAACAGGAAAUAAAUUCUUAUCAGCCAGUGUCCCUUAGGACACUAAACUUGCUAACUUACUAAGAUUGACCAAAGUGAAUCAGCCAACAAACUCGUGUAACACACCCUUGGCUUCAGCUAGGCACCUACCUGUUGCUAGGAAUUCCAGGCACUGUGAAAACAGUCUUCAAGCUUUCUCUCCAUCCAGAGCAGUUGUAAUGAGGCAAAAAUCAGCUGCAAUGUGACUGGAAAUAAGUCUCUAAUUCACUGCAAAGGCUUGGGCAAGUCCCUUCACUGACCUGUGUCCUAGUUUUCUCAUAUGUCCAACAAUGGGAGACAAGGACAUCAGCUUUGCCUCCUCCAGAUAGGUGAUGUGAGAUUGGGAAGGGCUAAUAGACUUACAGGAGCCCUGGAGAAGCCAGCACAUCAAAAAGUCACCCACAUUCACAUUCUCUGGUAGAACCUGCCUCAAACUAGUGAGCAAUUCCUGUACACAUGUAGUCAGUUGGGCAGGCAGGAAGAAAGGAAGGAAGGGAGCGAGGGAGGGAGGAAGGCAGACAGGCAGGCAUGCAGGCUGGGUGGCCAGGUUAGCUACUAAAAAAACCAAGUAGUUUCAUUCUUCAAGCUUGCCUUCAUAGAUCUUGCUUUAAGCUUUGUAGUGUGUUUCUUAUGGAAGCACAUCAACAUCUUUGGAGAGACUCUGGCUAGUGAAGACCCAGAUUCUACUCUAGUGUUCAGCUUUUGAGCAACAUUUCACAGCCUAGCUUUCACCAAUCUCUUUGGGGGGUGGAGGCUGAAUCUAAAAUAUGAGUUAAGUAGACCCUAACGGCCUGGCCAACUCUGAGCCAGAUCUUCUGACACAAUUCUGGCACCAGCUAGGCUGUCUACGGUCAGCAGUGAGUCUCAGACAUGAGGAUGAGGUGGAUGGUGUUUAGUUUCUUGCAAUGAACACUGAGCUGCUUCCCCUACAUGACUGUUUGCCUUCUGAAAGCAAUGUAUAUAUAGUAUUCAUUCUCUCUCUCUCUCUCUCUCUCUCUCUCUCUCUCUCUCUCUCUCUCUCUCUCUCUCUCUCUCUCUCUCUCUCUCUCUAAAACAAAGUCAGCUCCUGGCCACAGGGGUCGCCAUUGAGUUGUUUCCCUCCAGGAUACUCUAUCUAAGAGCUCACUAAGUCUAUGGCAACUGUAAGAGGAAAUAGUUACCAAUGUAAUUCACCUCAAAGUCAAGGCAUAGCACUCCCCUCCACACAAACACACAUCUCUUUAGGACAAUUCUUAAAAAAUUAAAAAGAAAAAAAGAAAAAGAAAUCAAUGAAUCUUUUCAUCUCAUAGAAAAUUGGCACCAAGUUUUCUCUCCCAAAGCCAGCAUACAAUAUGAACUGAGAGCUGAUAUAAGGCAUACAGCUGCCACAAGCUGUCAGCACAAGGCUUUCUGACUACUCAGGAGCUCCCCUCAGCCUUCUGGUAACUGGCAUGUCCUGGUCAUGUUUCCUGCUGCUUCUGCUUCUGUUUUAAUGUGUUUGCUUUCCAUUUGGCAGAGAGACAAGCGAGACACCUCCAACUUCGACAAAGAGUUCACCAGGCAGCCUGUGGAACUGACUCCCACUGACAAACUCUUCAUCAUGAACUUGGACCAAAAUGAGUUUGCUGGCUUCUCGUAUACUAACCCAGAGUUUGUCAUUAAUGUGUAGGUGAAUGCAGAGUCGAUUGCUGAGCCUGUGUGUAAGGCUUCAGGCUGAAUGUCUGUUACCAAUUCCAGUCUUCCAGGAUUCAUGAUGCCUCUGUUGGCAUCCGUCAUGUGGAGAGCUUGUCUUAGAGGGCUUUUCUUUGUAUGUAUAGCUUGCUAGUUUGUUUUCUACAUUUCAAACUGUUUAGUUUAGAAUAAGCGCAUUGCCCACUGAUAGAGGUACAAUUUUCCAGACUUCCAGAAACUCAUUCAAUGAACCCAGAGUGUCAAAACUUAACUGUGUCAGAUACCAAAAUGCUUCAGUAUUUGUAAUUUUUAAAGUCAGAUGCUGAUGUUCCUGGUCAAAGUUUUUACAGCUCCUCUCUAAUGUCUCCUUUGAAUGCUACCUGAGCAUGACCCGUAUUUUUAAAAGUUGUGAAAGCUUUGCAGUUACUGUGAACUCUUGUCUCUUGGAGGAAACUUUUCGUUUAAGAACUGGUAUGAUUAAACUGAAUUCAUAUAUGCAAA